AUGAAACUGUUGCUUUCUUCUUCUAGCUCUCAAAGUUCUGUCUUUUCAAUGAUUUUCGGUUAUUGUAGCAUAUCCAUCCAUGUCGUCCUUUCUGUUCCGCCACGCCACCGCCGCCACCGCCGCCCGGCUGGAGCUGCUCGUGCAUUGAGCACCACCGCGCCUCGCUCCUUUGCCCGUAUCACCAUUGUCGGCCACUUGGCUGAUACGCCCGAGCCCCAGACCGCCGGCACCGAAGAGAAUCCAAAAGAAUACAUCAGAUACGCCGUAGCUAGCAACAGCGGGAGCAAGGACAACCGGCAGACAAGCUGGUUCCUCGUGACUGAUUUCGUCAUCGAUGGUCCGCGCAAGGACUUUUUACUGAAUCUGCAGAAGGGCACGCUGGUGUACGUCGAGGGUGAUGCGUCCAUCAAGCCUUACACCGAUGCCAGCGGCCACACCAGACACGGGCUGAGCAUUGUCCAGCGUAACAUUGAGGUUCUGAAGCGCCCUUCGCUCCCCGAACAGGGCGAGUAA